UAAAACAAAGAAGAAGCAACAAAGCGGAAAAAAAGAAAGUAGCAAUAGAUAUGUCAAUAUUAUGUACUUGAACACGCUCGUUGUUGUUUAUAAGAUCAAUUUAAUGAUGUCGUUGACGUUUCCAGAUGAUUCUUAACGGCAAGAAACAUCAAACGUGAAGAGGGAAGCUAUGAAAUAAAUAGUACUUAGUCCGUGUUGAUUGGGAGGAUAGGUGACAUCCUUCAUCAUGUUCCCAGACUUGUAUCCGUUUGUGGAGGAUAGUUUUAGUCGCUUCCCCUCGCAGAGUAACAUCUACGGACUGUGUCAGGCGGGGGAACACGAACUGCUCGCUGCGACGCUCAAAGGGAAAGUGGUGAGCUUCACCUACCAGGAGCUGCAACAGAAGAUAAGACCAGUCGCCAAAGAGGUUCAAUUCACCUACAUACCAGUUGAUGCAGAGAUUGUGUCCAUUGAUGCGUUCAUCAAGUCUUCACCCAAAAGAGGCCUGGUGGUUGGCAUUACAUUCAUUAAGGACUCUGGUGACAAAGCUACCCCUUUCCUGAAUAUCUACUGUGACUAUGAGCCCGGCUCAGAGUUCAACCUGGAGUCUAUUGCACAGAGUUGCCUGAAUCUGGAGUUGCAGUUCACACCCUUCCAGCUGUACCACACAGAAGUGCAGAGUGACGAUGGAGGCAGAGAGACUGUUUUUCUUCUCAGUGGUCACGACCAGAGGAUCCACCUGUACAAAGAGAAUGCUUCAUUGCACCAGUUUGAAGAGCAGCCUGUGGAGAAGCUCUUCCCUGAACUCAAGGAAUUACCCAGCAAUGUGCUGUGGUUGGACAUGUUGAGCAUUGCUGAAGACAGAAGACUGUCUGCGUUUGGCUGUCAGAAUGGAUGUGUUGGAUUGGCUCUCGUCAAGCAAUUUGAACCAGCGGAGGUUUUGCAGAGCUGGCGAGUUCAGUUCGACAGUCCAAUCUCCAUUGUGCUGCUGUUUCCUCUUACCUGCCAAACUGAACCUGAUCCAUCCAGCAGAGACAAAAUUUUGGGAGUUAAAGGCUACAACCUUCUGGUAACUAGCACAAUAGAGAUGGCUGUUGUCUACAGAAAUGUGCAGGAAGGAGGUUUGUCCCACUCUAUGUGCCUCUCUGAGAGCGAUCAGUGGGAUGCGGUGCUUUGCGCCCUCGUCAUCGACCUGGACUUUGAUGGGGAGAAGGAAGUGCUGCUGGGAACAUAUGGACAGGAACUUCUCUGUUAUAAGUUCCAGCAUACAGCAGAAGGGGAAGAUGGACACUUUCAGUUUCUGUGGCGACGAAGCUUCAAAAGCCCUUUGCUGUCAAUCAUCUACUUAGACUUGACUGGCGACGGUUUGAGAGAGUUGGCUGUCCUGACGCUGAAGGGACUGCAUAUUUUACAGCAUAGUCUCACCAGCACUGCCGAUCUGGUCGUGGAGCGUCUUGCCAAGAGGGUGGCGGCGCGGACUGCCAACUCCAAAUGGGUGUUGGCCAAAGGUCAAGAUAGCGAUGAGAAGAAAGAGGACCGUACAUUUCAUGCAUCUUUAAAUUAACAUAAAGUAUGUUCUAACUGCAUCUUCAUGUCACCUAUCACCACAUUUGGUACAGUCACAAUUGCAUACCUGCCUUAAAAUUACAUUCAUACAGUAUAUUUUCUAGGGCUGUCAAAAUUAACAAGUUAACUCGUGAUUAAUAACCAAAAAUGAUCGCAUUAAUAAUGUACACACUUAGAUUAAUCAUGUAAUUGAUUUUGACCGUACAAGCGCUUCUACCUUAACCGCAAUACGUUCAGUGAUCAGAUCUAUGUAUAUGUCAGUACAAAAACAAGUGAGGAACUCCGACUCGUGUGCUCGCUGGAAAAUUUCACUCCAAAAUACAGCCUGGAAAAACUUUAGAUAAAACUGUUGUCAAGUUUUGUACAAAUAUGUGGUGCAUUCAAGUACUGUACAACAUUUAAAAAAAUUGCCGGAUGACAUUCCGAGAAUAAAAUGGCAUUUGUGUAUAAAUAUCGGGGUCUUUUAUUGAGCUAGUUUCAAUGAUGCAAGCAAGAGAUUCAUCAUAAUCCAUCCAAAUUCCAAAAUGUGAUUAAUCUGAUUAAAAAAAUUAAUCAUUUGACAGCUCUAAUAUUUACAUUAAAUGACAUUUCAAUGCUUGAUUAAACUGUGCUUAAUCAACUGAACACCUGACCAACAAGUAAUUGAAUAUUUGAUGCAACUUUUGUAAUGAUCUAUUUGGCUUCUUCAAGCCUAUUUUAAAUACAUGCCCCUAAUUGUGUUCCAUUUAGUAUAUACUGAGUGAUUAUUACAGGGGAACUGCACUUUUUUUUUUAUUUUGCCUAUCGUUCACAAUCAUUUUAAGAGACAAGAAGACACUUUUUUUUUUUAAAACAAAAAUCGUCUCGUUUAAUUCUACCUCUAAAUCACUUAAAAGAUGCAUUAAAAAAUCGCCAACAUUACUUCAUUUACAUUCCGUAACCUGUAUAAUAACCAAGCUGUAGCGAAAUUGUUAUUGUAAGAGUGAACACUGAGGAACUCUUUUUUUUUUUGCGUAGUAACACAUCGGCGUGCUUCGGUAUUAGUCGUAAAAGCUAACCACGGAAAGAGAUAAGAUAGCUUCUACGUCAGCACGAAACGCGUUUGAGUUUGUAAUGCACAACACAUUGCAAUAGAACACUAAUUUGUACUGACUGAAAAACAUGAACAAUCAUAUUACAGUAUCUGUAAAGUAUUUCAUGUUUUGUUUGUACAGUUUGUACAGUGAUGUGUUGCACGUAUCAUGAGCAAUAGUAUAGUGACUUACUCGAUGGACAGUUGUCCGUUUAGUCAAACUGGCAGGUGAUGUUUCCUGUAGAUUUUGGUAAACAAUCCAUUAAUUCGGCAUAGCUUGGCUCAAAGUUCCAGAUAAGCAGCAUGACCAUGUCGCACUCUUUCGGCUUCCGUCUGCUCCAAUGUUUCAGCCUCUUCUUCUUGCUCGCUUCUAUAAGCAGCAAUUUAUCCUCCGUAUAUUCAGCUUCAAAAAGAUAAGGUUGUGAAUCCUCAUCUGUCCAAAAAUAGUCGUCUUUGUUGUCUGUUACCAAGUCUGCCAUGAUUAGAACACAUUCACGUUUGAUUCCAGGAUUAGGAAGUUGGAAUUGCGCUGCUAUGGAAACGGAAAUAAAUGUGCCGAAUAAUUGGUUCUGGCUGUGCAUAAAAUUACCAAAAUAGGGUAAACAUUGAACAUAUUACCGUAUUUUUCGGAGUAUAAGUCGCACCGGAGUAUAAGUCGCACCUGCCGAAAAUGCAUAAUAAAGAAGGAAAACAACAUAUAUAAGUCGCACUGGAGUAUAAGUCGCAUUUUUGGGGGAAACUUGUUUGAUAAAAUCCAACACCAAGAAUAGACAUUUGAAAGGCAAUUUAAAAUAAAUAAAGAAUAGUGAACAACAGGCUGAAUAAGUGUACGUUAUAUGACGCAUUGAUAACAAACUGAGAACGUGCCUGGUAUGUUAACGUAACAUAUUAUGGUAAGAGUCAUUCAAAUAACUAUAACAUAUAGAACAUGCUAUACGUUUACCAAACAAUCUGUCACUCCUAAUCGCUAAAUCCCAUGAAAUCUUAUACGUCUAGUCUCUUACGUGAAUGAGCUAAAUAAUUUUAUUUGAUAUUUUAUGGUAAUGUGUUAAUAAUUUCACACAUAAGUCACUCCUGAGUAUAAGUCGCACCCCCGGCCAAACAAUGAAAAAAACUGCGACUUAUAGUCCGAAAAAUACGGUACAUAUUGUUAUGAAUGUGUCUGUUACUACAUUAUACAUAGACUUGCAGUGUGUAUACAAAACGUUGAUGGAGGGUUUUGAAGUUGUUUUAGAGGGCCUGCAAGCGUUUUAUCAUCUUUAAAAUCCCCCCCAAAAAAAGAAGGCGUGUGCUCUUGUCUCUAAUAAUGAUUGUGAACGAUAGGAAAAUUACAAAAAAGGUGCAGUUCUCCUUUAACGACAACAACGUUUUUCGGUGACGUGUAAUAAACCACAUGCUCCAUUAGAUAGAGCAGCUCUUCUUAAUCAUGCUUUCGCCAACUUGCUUAGAAUCUUGCACUGUUUGUCAAAUGAGAAAAAGAAAUUAUCAUUUGCCAAGUAUUUGUUGCAGUCCUGCUUGAUGAUGAAUAAAAUACUUUCGGGCAACUUGCUCUGUAAAUCUGUUUUGGGGUUGGGGAGAAACUAAAUUAUAAUAUUGAAGUCCAUAUUAACCUCAGAUAAUUAACUGAUGAAUAAUAAUACAUUAUGGACUUUUGUAUCAAUGUUUUGCUUUAUUUAAAUGUGGGUUUUCAAAAAUAACGUGUGUGAUUGAUCACAAUGUCAGACUUGUCACUGACAGGUUGGUUAUGUUUUUAGUUUUUCCUCUGUUUGUGUUUUAUUUCCUGUCAGCGCUCUUACUUUGGUUCAGUUUCCUGCUUGUCUCCCUGAGCGCCGUUUCCCCUCACCUGCGGCUGAUAAGCAGCCUGCCCACACCUGGUGUCAAUCAGCCGGCUACUAUUUAUACCAGCCUCGCCCUCCAGUCAGUACUGGAGUAUUGUAUGCUGUUAGCUGUUUCCAGUUUGCCUGUUUCCUGAUUCCUGUUUUCCUGCAUUUUAUUUUUGACAUUAAAAGUCAUGUGUUCCUGCAUCA